UAUAGUCAUCUCUGGAAGUUGGAAAAUGGUUUCCCUUAGUAUGUUUUCUCGAGGUUGUUAUGCGAUUGCAAACAGCUGCUUAAAAAGUGUUGGCACGAAUUUAUUUUCCAGACAUUCCUUCAUAGCUCAGAAGUUACAGGAGCCAAUUGCAAGUGGUCUACGGUCGCACCUACCAUGGAUGCCAAAAAUUCCAGAACACCAAACAGAAGUAAUUGAAACAACGAAAUACGAUGAAAAGUUAACCAACGAUGUGAUCCAGGAAGUCAAUAGGGAAAUAUCAGAAGGAAUUGUAGGACGUCUAUUUGCUGUAAUACAUAUUUGUGGAAAACAAUUUAAAGUGACUGAAAACGAUAUUAUAAUCGUGGAAGGUUACUGGCCUCCCAAUCCAGGAGAUAAACUGACAUUGGAAAAAGUUAUGCUCGUUGGUAGUAGUAACUUUACCCUCAUAGGCAGACCUAUUUUGAAUAGAAGCUUGGCAACUGUAGAUGUGACUGUUAUCGAGAAAACGAUGUCUCACACAAAGACACGAUUCAGGAUGCUACAAAGGAAGCAGUUCAAGAGAAUAAACUUUCUCAGGGUGCAACAUACGAUGGUAAGAAUAAAUUCUAUAAACCUAAAUAGAGGAAUUAAUGAAAAACGGGAAGUGGAUGGAUUAGACCGAAUAUUUUAAUACGGUAUGAAGUGUACAGAUUUUUCCUAUAGUUACGUUUAUAUAUUAAUUACGUUUUAUGUAAUGAGUAAUGAAAUAAUAAAUAUGGAAGUACGACGUGUAA